AUGGGCUGGGGUGGCGAUUAUGAUAAUAAUAAAUUAAUAAGACUCGUAAGCUUCAACCCAAUCUCCAGCCGAAUAUGCCGCCUUACCCUAAACUUAGGAUACAAAAAAGUUCAUUUGUUUAAUAUAUACGCGCCUCACAAUGAUAGCGUUUUCAAUAUGGAAUUGGAGAAUGUCCUAAAGGAACUACCACAUCGGGAUGGCAUCAUUCUAGCAGGCGAUUUCAAUGCUUCGGUAGGUAAAUCUAAGAACUCUUCCUGCCUUGGAAACGCCACAUUAAUACAAAGUACGAACCCCAACGGUAAAAGACAGAACAGUCUCACCACUAUAAAAUACAUAGCUAGAAAAGACUUGGCACAACUAAAUGACUUAGAGGUGAAAGAAGAGUUCGUCUCUAAAUUAACAUCAUGGAGAAAUACAGUAAAUAGCAUGAUAAACCCAAAUCUGACCUGGAAGGACAUUAAGCUGAAUUUAUUAGGUAGUAUAACAUCAUGCUUAAGACCACGCACCAAGCGCAGAGAGUGGCUCACCCCUCCAACAAUACAAAUAAUUAAAAAUCUUACAACAAAUAUAUCCCACCACCAAUUCGCAAAACAUCAUAGGAGGUACAUUACUCACCGCAUAAGGGCUGACAAAAGACUGUUUAUUGCUAACUUAUCGAAUUCUAUCCAAUUCAAUUUUGAUAAUAAUAAUAUUUAUAAGGCCUUCCAAUCUCUUAAACUACUCACCACCUUUAAAACCAAUCCUUUACCAAGACUACAAUUAAAUAACAACAAGAUUAUAACUGACCCUAAGGAACAAUUAGACUUAUGGAUAGACCACUACAUGAACCUCUACAGAACGAGAUGGCCUAGACCUAGAUGUGACUACCCCUUCCAAACACCCAGUCAGAAUCUUAACAAGUCCGAUAUAGUCGGUGCCAUCAAACGUCUAAAAAUGCAUAAAGCUGCUGGAGCUGAUGGGAUCUUUGCAGAACUCUGGAAGAUAGAGGUAAACCUAAGUGCCAGCUUACUACUUCCCCUCUUUAGGGAGAUUUGGAAUACGGGUAAGUUUCCUGACGAAUGGAUGACAUCAAUUAUACUAAACUUCCCUAAAAAUAAGUCUCCAAACUGCCUUAAGGAUUACAGAGGUAUUGCACUGAUUCCAGUCACACUAAAAAUGUUCACAUACAUCAUAUCGGUUAGGAUUAAACCAAUCAUUAACAGGUUCCUUUCAAACGCUAUCACAUCGUACAGGAAGGGCAGAAAUACAACGGAGUUGACUAUGGCACUUAAGGUCAUUCUGGAAAAGGCCAGAAUGCAUAAAUCCCCCAUCUUUGCCCUAAUUUGA